AUGAAGUCGCUUUUUCCAUCCCGCCGCAAGCCGCCAGUUCAGAUUCCCACUGAUACCCAAGACCUUUUUGCUCAUCUCCCGACCGAACUCAUCAUCCUCGUCCUCGAACAACUCAACACCUCCAGCGACAUCAUCUCGGCCCUCCACGUCUGUCGCAACUGGCGUGACAUUCUCCUCUCUCCAGAGAUAUGGCCCUCCAUCGCCGACCGCCUGGCGCCAGGCCUCACCACCCACAUCCGCGAGAGAAAUUGUUCAGUCAACCUCCGUGCCCAGGCCAAGGUAUUCCAGUCCGCGUUGAACCUCCACCACCUCUACCAGUCCGGGUUCUUUUCCCACGCUCGACACCACGUCGUGCGUGUAAAUGAUGGUUCUUUUACUCUUUCAAAGCAGAUCUCGGUCGAGUCGGGGGGUGUGCACUCCCUUGCUGAGGUCCCCGGUCUUGAUCCGUUGUCGGAAGAGCUGCAUGUAACUCACCUGAGACUUUACAGCCAUGGGAGGAUUGCCUGGUGGCCUGAGGCGUGGCACUUACCUUACUUUGCGGUGGUGGAUGAUUUGAGGGCUAGAGUGAGGAAGAUGUUUCUCUUUCCUGGGCAGGCUGAGCUCAGGGGGGAGGAUCGGAGACGGGGGUGGAAGACUGCGUUGGGGGAGAAGUUGUUUGUUCUUGGGCAGGGGGACGCGGGGGUGUGUGUGUGGCAUUUGGAGAGGGAUGAGAUGAAGUUUGUGGAGCUGCCGGGGCGGUUUGACAGGUGUGUUGUGGAUGGGGAGAGGUUGUUGUUCAUUGGGCGGAGGAACGCCGAGGUUUGGCUGUGGGAGUGGGCAGGUGAACAAGGGGUGAGGGAGAUUGAUGUGGCGGGGGAUGAACCUAGGUAUGUGCCUGGACCGGUGAGGAUGGGUGGGCAGAUCGUGCAAGGGUACCCGAGGCCGGCGCCGAAGUGGGGGUUGAGGUUUCAGGAUACGGAUGUCAAGGUUGAUUUCAUUCUGCAUCCAAACGACUGGAGAGUGAUUUUUGUGGUGACAUGGGAUGAGGUUGAUUUGGUGGUGAGUGAGUUUUAUGAAGGGUGCAUGAGGGCACGGAUGGUAUGCCCGCGCGAACAUCUUGCGUAUCAGGGGAUGGUGAGAUCGAGGACUGAUAAUGCGGUGCAUUAUCUGCGGACUGAUAGAUGUGAUGGGCGUGGGGGAUAUGUUCUCAUGACAGCUUGGGUUGGGGAGGAGCCGAUGUGUGAUGCUGGGCAUAGGGGGAGCAUAGUGUCUGUCUGCUUCAACGUCCACACCUCGGAGUUCAGCGCGCUUGUUCACCACGCAUCAUAUCAACGAACGCCUGCUGCUCAUCUCUGGGAUGGCUUGCUGGCUGUCAGGGUGGCUGGAGAGGACCAAAAUGGUCUUAAACCCGUCGUCGCACUUUUGAAGCCCUGUAAUGCAGACGAGGGCAACGAGGCGACCUCACAACCGGGGAACCCGAUGCCGGUACGCCUGAUCAAGCAACCAUCCAACACUAUCACUCCAGCAGAGGGGAAUAUGACAUUUGUGAGCGAGGAUGGCGAGAUUCGGCCGCGCGCACAGUCUCUCUAUGGUAUGGCACAUGCUUUCGAGGCUGGUGGGGAUGCCCGGGAAGCAGGCACAGAUGCGAUGAAAGCUGAGUGGCUGAGUGGAGAUGACAAAACACUGGUGUAUGUUGCCGGAAGGGAUUAUACGGUGUGGAUGUUUGGGGAGAAUGGUAUUCCCAAGGAGAAGAAGGAGGUUCGCCUGUGGAAGGAGAGGUUCAAGAACGCCAUUGCUAGCACGGGGCGUGGAACGAGGGCAUAG